AUGAUUACCAUCCUAAGGUUAUCGUUGGGUGUCGAAAUAACUGUGUAUUUUAGCUUAUUAUGUUCUGCGCAGCUUCAGCAAGCUCCUGAGCCAACUAGAUCGCGAGAUCUCUGGAAUCCUUUUGGGACAACCUCCACAACUCCUAGGCCUGCUGGACAUUUGGAAACUGAUGAAGUGAUUGUUCGUUUGUCUAUCGGUAAUCUUGUUGGCAAAAGGUUUGACGUGGUUGAUGUUCCCUGGACGCAUCAUCAAGACCCAUUAGAUAACCUCCCACCUGACCGUAGUCAUUUUGACCCAAACCCAGUUUCACGCUACAAUAACGUAUCAGUUUAUGUGUUUCUUGGUGUUCCAUAUGCGGAACCACCGAUUGCGCAACGCAGAUUCAAGCCACCGCAGCUGUUAACACAGUUACCGGGCGAGGAUCCUUUUUUCGCGUUUAAUAGUCCUCCUUCUUGCGCUCAGAAUGUAGAAGCCAGGCCAACUCUUUUUGUGAAUGAUCCGUAUCCGUUUAGAGUUAAUGAGGACUGCUUGUACUUGAACAUUUAUACCCCUGAUACUUCAGUGACGUCUCGUACGAAUUAUCCUGUGCUGGUUUUUCUUCAUGGUGGGAAUUUUCAAACGGGGUCGCUGAAUGAAUGGCCCGGACACGUUCUCGCUUCGAGGGGAUUAGUCGUUGUAACGGUGAAUUACAGGCUGGGACCGUUUGGGUUUAUGGGUUUAGGCGAUACGGAAACUGGGAAUUACGGGUUACAGGACCAGCGUAUUGCCUUACGUUUUGUGAGGGAUCACAUAACAUCUUUCGGUGGCGAUCCGCAAGCUAUAACUUUAGUUGGUCAUGAUGCUGGUGCGGUCAGUGUUGGUCUUCAUAUGCUUUCUCAUCUUUCAACACAUUUGUUCCGAGCAGCUGCUGCAAUGUCGGGGGCUGAAGUAUCCUAUCAUUCGGUUAUCGGAAAACCUGCCUUAGCUUUCAAUAACACAAUAAAAUUAGGCAGGUAUCUUGGUUGUUCGCAGACAACUGCAACAGAAGUUUGGAGCUGCAUACUUACGCGUUCUACAAAUGAUAUUCUUCGGGCUGUUGAAACAAUUCCUAUAGAAUACAACCGGUACCUCUUUCUCCCCUCUGUUGAUGGUAAACAAAUAUUGCAUAAUCCAUUUUGGAUGUUAAAUGUUGCGACAACAGGAGGAGUGAAUUACCCUUCACCAGUCCCUUAUCUUACGGGAUUAAAUAAGCAUGACGGAGCAGAGGUAGUACUAGAAGAUAGGACCUUGGGGGAGUUCAACGACUUUUUGAAUGUCGAUGAUCAGUAUAUGCGAAGUUUUGUUCUUGAAUAUGCUUUCCGGCAUAAUUAUACGAUGAAUCGAGAGGCUAUUGCAGAAGCAAUUGAGGAUAGAUACAGAUACUGGCCAGACCCAGCAAAUUCGGAGGCAAUUAGAAGGAUGUUUAUUGAGCUAACAACUGAUGCGUUUUACGUCGCUCCAAUCGCACAAUCAGCCCAUCUCCAUUCCUCUGCAGGAUCAAGAACUUUUCUUUAUGUUAAUAAUUAUGAAUUUGGACGUGGAAGCACUAACUCAUCAUUUCUUCCAAAGUGGAUGCGUGUUUGUCAUGACUGUGAUCUGUAUCUACUGUUUGGGUUCCCGUUCCUUUCUAAAGAACUCCUUCCUCGUCAUCUGACUGGAGUGCAGUGGACAGAGAAUGAUCGUAAUGCGAGUCAGGUCUUCACCUCUAUCUUCAGACAGUUUUGUUACAACCAAGACCCUAAUUUUCCGAGUGACCAGACGUGGGUCGCUUUUGAACCGAGAGCUCACUGGUAUCUGAACUUCAAUUACUCAGAUUUGACAGGAAUUAGAGUUCCUGGAAAGCUGUUUCGAGAUUUUCGUUGGGAAGAUGUCGCAUUUUGGACGCAAUAUAUACCGUCGCUUGUUCAGUACAUGACGACGACGUUUUCUCCACUUGAUUCUGAGUUGAGAAAUGAAGUAGUGUUGUACAAAAUCAGCAUUGGUGUUGUAGUAUGUAUCCUGAUGAUUGUAACAGUGCUUGCUUGUACGUUUGCGUAUCUUGUGUUCGAAAGGAAUCCAAGGUUACGGGCAGAGUACGAUCGCAAAAAUCUAAUUUCUGAGAGUGGAAAACAUUUUUCAGGCACGGAAAUGAGUAGGAUGUCUAACCUUUGA